ACAUAAUGUACAAUAGGUAGUCGUUGCGGCAAACUCAGACGAAUCUGAUCUCAUUGAUCUAACGGUGGUGGCAACGGCGAAAACACGAAAAACUAGAACGUCCACGCCGCGCAAAUAAUUCGCUGUGCAAAAAGAAAGCAAAACCUUAUAUAAAUUUAAUAAAAAAAAACUUUAUUAAAAAAAUAUAAAUAAAAAAAAUUGUGAAAGGAUAUUUGGAAUUCGCAGGGUUGCAGAUUUUAAUAAGAAAUACGUACAGACCGCACAAUAUUCAAAAUGAAAUUGCUAACAGUGUUCGUGCUGCUGGCAGCCAUUGUUGCAGCUCUUGGGGAUGUUCCGGUGAAUCCUGACGAUAGUAAUGUUUCUACUGGAGAUUCAACCACUAUUGCGGGAACUGCUGUUCCUGAUGAUUCAAUACUUACUGCUUCUACUAAUCCAACCACUAUUGCUUCUACCGAUACGGGUACCAUUACUUCGGAACCAACUACUGUGCCUACUGGUGAAACAACCUCGGUUGCUACCAGUGAGGGAACCACAUCAACAUCUUCUCCUGCUACGACUACUGUGGAGCCUACCACUACUGUCACUACUGAUGAAACAACCUCGGUUGCUACCAGUGAGGAAACAACCACUGUUACUACUGAUGAAACCGCAUCAACAUCUUCUCCUACUACGGCUACAACCUCGUCGGCUACAAGCGAAACCUCCUCUACUACUCCUAGUACCACCACAACGGUUGCUCCGAGCGAAACCACGCCCAACACUGAUGAAACAACGGAUGCAACAACGGAUGAAACAACGAAUGCAACAACAAAUGGUACGGCUGCCUCAACUGCAACUACAGAUCCUACUACUCCUGGUAACACCACAACGGUUGCUCCGAGCGAAACCACGCCCAACACUGAUGAAACAACGGAUGCAACAACCGAUGCAACAACAAAUAGUACGGCUGCCUCAACUGUAACUCCAGAUACCACCCCCGUACAGAAUGGAAGUACAGAAGCGCCAUCUGCUAAUAAGCUGCAAUGUUAUGCAUGUGAGGGCGACGAUUGCGAUGAAAAAACUGUGAUCAACUGUCCAGAUGAUAGCAGAGCUUAUGAUGUCGAGGACAUAAGCAAGAGUUUGUCGGAGAAUGCAGCGGAAAUUCUUCUUCAGAAUUAUCGCUCAGUUGCGCGAUUGGAACUCGCCGAUGUGAAGGGUUAUGCUUGCUACAGGGUGCAGAUUACUGAUAAUGAUGACAAAGCAUUGAAACUUGGUUGUAUUGCCAUACCUUAUGGCCAAAGCGCCUGUGAGGCUGUGCGGAACGAACUGAAUAUAACGACAACAGCUGAUAGUGACGAGUGUUUGGCGUGUCAAACUGACUUAUGCAACGGUAGUGCAAUAGCAAAACUAUCUGUGGCGGUACUUUUGUCCGUAUUGCUGGCAAAGUUUCUAUUUUAAGUGAUCAGUAAAACAAAUACUUUCGACUUAUUUAUGUAUUUAGUUUAAUUUUAUAUUCAAUGUAUAUUUGUACACAUGUAUGUAGAUAUAUUUGUAAGUUUUAUAACUUAAAAAAACAACAACAACAACGCUAAACUAAAUUAUCACCAAUUGAGGAUGCAUGAAUGAAAAAUAUGAUUUCUUGUAAAUAACAGUAUUUAUUAUUAUUGUGUAUGUUAUCUAUAAUAAAAAGAAACUGAGUUUUAAA